GUUAGAACUGAAUAAUUUGUUCUCAAUCUUUUUUCAAACCAAGAUUUUACAGUUUCCAUUGGAAAAACAGUCAUAUACAAUGUCUCUGCCUGCAGACUAUUCUGCUUCUAUUAACUUGUACUGCAAUGAAGCAGCUAGUGAAUUUGUUUCCUCUGAAGCUGACAUUAACCCAGUUGAAAGCCUUUCUUCUAGUUUCCCAAUUGACGACGAGAGCUUCGUUGAUAAUAUAUUCGAUUCUGAGCUUGAUCAAAUGCCGGAAACCCAGUUAGUUACACGAUUUCAUGAACUUCCAGAGAUCGUUACUGGUCGUCAAGAUGCAGUGAAUUGGAUGCUGAAGGUGCAAGCUUACUACCAGUUUAGGCCUGAAACAGCAUAUCUCUCUGUCAACUAUUUGGAUCGUUUCCUCUCAUUUCAUACUCUUCCGGAAGGGAAAGGAUGGCCCCUGCAGCUGUUAGCAGUAGCAUGCCUAUCAGUAGCAGCAAAAUUGGAGGAAACAAGUGUGCCGCUUCUCUUAGACUUGCAAACAUUAGAACCCAGAUUUUUAUUCAAGCCAAGCACAGUUCAAAGGAUGGAAAUCUUGGUCAUGGCCAGACUCAAGUGGCGAUUACACAUCAUAACUCCUUUCUAUUUUCUACAUUAUUUCAUUGAAAAACUUUCAUGUGUCAGUCCUAAUUGUAAUAACAGUAUCCAUUCUGUUCUUUCACAUUCCUCCGAUAUUAUUAUCAGCAUACUAAGAGUGAUCAAUUUCUUGGAUUAUACCCCAUCUUCAAUUGCAGCCGCUGCAGUGCUAUGGGUAACUAAUCAAACUAUUGAUGACCCUAAAUUGGGGUGCAUUCACAAGAGGGUUAACAAAGAUAUGGUGAAAAGAUGCUACAACCUUAUUAAGAAAAACAUGUCUAAAUUAUCACAUGGUAAAGUGCUUAAUGGGACUAUCCCUGCAAGAUGCCAUGCAAGGAAGUUCUGUAACAAGGGAUUCAAGUCAAGCCACAGCUCGCCUCCAAACAAGUGCUAGAAAUUGUAAGUUGCAGAAUUAUCAGAAGAUUAAGUUUGCUUUUUUACAUUUGCCAAUUCUUUCUUUAACAAGAAAUUGUACUAUGGUUUUUUUUUUUUUUUUUUUUUGGUGUGUGUGUGGAGUGUAUUUGUGGCCAUUGCAAGGCAAUUGUGAGGAAGUUUUUGUGCCUAAAAACCCAAUAAUGAUGCUUGACAUUUCAAUUAUUUAUGUUGUAUUGUUUGAAAAGAAUUUCAUCAAAUUAAUGCAAAUGAAUUUUGGUUGCUA